UUGUCGUGUACUGAGCCUCACGCUGAACAACAACACAGUGGUGGCUCUGAACGCAGCUUGGAGUACGCUGAACGCAUCGCGGGAAACUGCAAAGCGCUGUGUUUGAAACGCUCAUGUCUCCACUGUAUUAAAAAUCCAGAGUUCCACCGACACCUGCUUACUCCAAUGGAAAAGUUUGUGAUUCGGGAUCAGAACAAACGUCACUGCACCAAUGACACCCCAGGAGUAAGUUCAAGAAAGAAGAUUAAACAGGAAAGAGAUGAAAAAAUGACGGAGGAACACUCUGAGGAUGAUGAGGACACAGCCUUUGCAGAGUUCUCCAAUCCAGUUCCCUGGCAAAAAAUAGAAGCAGAGGGACUAGACUGUGAUUAUGCACUGCUUUUCUCUAAAGAGGAAGCAGACCGCCUGUUUAAACAGUUGGAGGGGGAGGUGGUGUAUGCAACAGGAGAAGAGUCAAAGGUCCAGGUGUAUGGAAAAGUAUACAAUAUACCAAGAAAGCAGGCCACAUAUGGAGAUGCAGGCCUAACUUAUACUUAUUCUGGGGUGACACGUUUAGCAUGUCCGUGGACUCCAACCUUGGAAUACAUUCGGGAUGCUGUCACCAAAACGACAGGGCAGACAUUUAACUUCGUCUUGGUCAACAGGUACAAAGAUGGGCAGGAUCACAUAGGUGAGCACCGUGAUGACGAGAAGGAGCUGGACCCCCUCUGUCCCAUCGCCUCAGUCUCUCUGGGAGCAGCGCGAGACUUUGUCUUCAAACACAGAGAUUCACGAGGAAACCGGAGCUGCAGACAGAUCGAACCUGUGAAGCUGGAGCUCGCUCACGGAAGCCUGCUCCUCAUGAACCCACCGACCAACACCUUCUGGUACCACAGCCUCCCCGUUCGGAAGAAGGUCCUCCUGCCCCGCAUUAACCUCACAUUUAGGCGCAUUCUGCUGGACAGCAAGCGUGAGAGCAAGCCAAAGCCGGGUGUAAGUUAGGGACGUGGCCAUUUGCAGUGGUGACCAAGCGCUUCUGACAGGAUGGAUGGAUGGUGGACAAGAAACAAAGCCUAAGGAAUAAUGAAUCUGUACGCUAAAUAAGGUUAGAUAAACCAUUUUACUGGAGCAUCUUGGGACUCUGGAGGAUGAGUGACUUUUUUUUUUUUUUUUCUUUCAGUGAAUCAGCAUUUAACUUUACUCAGCUCACAUCAGCAAAAUGAAAAUUAUAGGUUUCUCUUCCAAAGAAAGCAAAGAAUACAAAUCAAUGAAUGUAAACAGUUCAAAUGCCCCGAGAAAAUGAUUGCUCUUAUUGGACACAAUUGUGUGUGUAUUCAGCUCCUUGUGUUGCAAUGUAGUGUAUUUGUGUAUCUUCUAUAUACUUUGGCAGAUUUGGAAAGU